CGCCUAAAAAAGAGAGGAAAAAAAAAAGAAAGAGAAGUGGACUCGGGAAAGCAAAGUACAUCGGCUUGGGUACAUACCGUCAAAAAUCCAUUUCGUCUGUUCUUCAGAUUAUUCGGGGGGAGAGAGAGAGACCUUAUCUUUGUACUGCUGCUGCAAGUUCACAAGAGAGCAACACAGACAAACAGCCAACGUACAGGAAAUUCUUCUUCCUGCACAAUAUUUUUCCCCAUUUCAUACUCUCUCACCUGCACAGAUAAUCACAGAAGAAAGAGAGAGUGGAAGAGAAUCUUUAGAGUUUUCUAGAGGUGGAAAGAAAUUACCGCAAAUUUCUCCAAACGCGUUUACACUCAGAGUGGUGGAGGUCACUUCUGCUUGCGGUACUUUCAUGAGCAAAAGUUAAAUCCUCAAUAUUCGAUCCGCUAUGGCACCGUUACACUUCUGAUGAUGACAAAUUAAACUUUUUCUGACGUUUCGGAAAAUAGAGGAUGUAUCACUGCGUUCCUGAUUUUGAAAUGGAUGACGAUUACUCCCUCCCCUCAUCGUCUGGCGCUGCUCGCCCCAGAAAAUUGUCCUUGCCCGAAGAUGAGAUCGUGGAGCUGUUGUGGCAAAACGGCCAGGUGGUGAUGCAGAGCCAGAACCAGAGGUCGAUGAGAAUAUCUCCACCUUCCAAAUACGGCGACGCUGUGAUCCCUGCAGAGCAAUCAGCAGCCAGGGAGAUCCGAUCCUCACAACAGAAGCAAGAAUCGGCCGCAAACCAACACCAGAAUCUCAAUCUAUUCAUGCAAGAAGACGAAAUGACCUCGUGGCUUCACUACCCUCUUGUCGACGACGACCCUGCCUUGGAGCACAAUUUCUGCGCUGACCUUCUCUAUCCUCCGCUUCAUCAGAGCUGUAACAAUAUCGGUAAUAACAACACUAACCCUGCCAUACGUACGAGCAGCGUCACGGAGCUCCGUCCAGCGGUGACGGUAGGGGUGGCGGCAUCGAGGCCGCCGAUACCGCCGGCGAGGAUGACGGAGCUGGCUGGCUCGAAGAUGCAGAACUUAAUGCACUUCUCGAGGCAGAAGGCCAGGUCUAUUGGAGGAGUUGACCAAACGGAGCCGUCAAGCUCGAAGAGCAUGGUGGUGGUGAGGGAAUCGACGGUGGUAGACUCAAGCGACACACCGGUGGCUGGACCAGAAUCUUGGGCGAGGAGCGCGGCGGAGGCGUCCGACUUCGGUGAUAGGGGUUGCGCGACCAUGAGCUGUGGUGAUGUGGCGGGCACGUCGUCCGCAGGAGCUACUGCGAAGGAGAUGAUGUCGUGUGAGGUGACCGUGACGUCAUCACCGGGAUGCUCCAGCGCCAGCGGUGAGCCGUCUUUGAAGCCGCCAGCUGAAGAUCGCAAGCGCAAAGGAAGAGAAGCCGAAGAAGCCGACUGCUAUUAUGAGGAUGCCGAGUUUGAAUCUGGGGACACAAAGAAACAGGUUCGUGGAUCAACAUCUACGAAGAGAUCCCGUGCCGCAGAGGUCCACAACCUUUCAGAGAGGAGACGUCGAGAUAGGAUAAAUGAGAAGAUGAGGGCUUUGCAAGAACUCAUACCUCGUUGCAACAAGUCUGAUAAGGCUUCAAUGCUGGAUGAGGCGAUUGAGUAUUUGAAAUCACUUCAGUUGCAAGUACAGGUUGUAAACACUUUUUUGCAGAUGAUGUCUAUGGGUUGUGGCAUGGUCCCCAUGAUGUUUCCUGGUGUCCAGCAGUAUAUGCCGGCAAUGGGGAUGGGAAUUGGGUUGGGCAUGGGCAUGGAAAUGGGCAUCAAUCGUCCCAUGAUACCCUUUCCCAAUUUGUUAGCUGGUUCAGCAUUGCCAACAUCAGCUGCAGCAGCUCAUCUGGGACCACGAUUCCCAAUGCCGGCUUUUCAUAUGCCACCUGUUCCUGCACCCGAUCCUUCCAGAAUCCAAGCAACCAACCAGUCAGAACAAAUGCUACACUCAAUUGGUACACAGCACACAAUCCAGCCACGGUUCCCACAUUUUGUUGAUCCUUAUCAGCAGUAUAUUGCUGCCCAUCAGAUGCAGUUGCCAAUACCACAGAAUCAAGUGCUGGCCCAGCCAAGUAGUAGCAAGCCAAACACCAGUAGGGGACCUGAAAAUCUUGAGAAUCACCAAUCAGGUACAAGAUAGGUCAAUGGCUAGGAACCCUGGUUGGCCAGUGAUGCACAAGUUGUGGCAAUCCUUGCUUUACUUGGUGCCAGCUACUCUAUGAAUGGUCGGCUCUUGGUCCAAUGGAUGACAGGACUCUUGCCUGCUAACUUUUGUAGUACAAGAGAAAUAGCGCAUUUCCGAGAUAAGUUUUCCCGGAUGGCCAUCACUUAUAAAGCAACUAACAUGUAGUUAUGGAUACUCGAGGAAGGAUGCUGAUAGAAUUCUAUCGUCUACUAUGUCAUUGUCUGCCUUCAACUUGCAAAUGUUGCAAACACAGGACCAGUGAAGGAAAGCGAAAAAGGCAAUGGAAAGCAAUUUUGGAAUUUGAAGCUGACACAUAACUCCUACAAGGUAAUAUCUCAGUUUCUUCAUUAAUUCCUUAACUUUUUAUUAUAUUAGAAUUUACCCCCAAAAUUGCUAGCCCAAAUUGCUUAGCGGAUCAUGUGGUGCAGUAAGAUUUUCUGCGAAACUAUAGAGAGAGCGUGGUGGAUUCCAUAAAUUGAAUGGUUAUCUUUUAUUUAUUUUUUCUUUUUUCUAAGCAACAUUAAAUCAUUAGUAUUGGAAAGAAAAAUACGGAGGGGAUGAGUGGGCAACAAACGACCCAAAAUGAUGUUGAUGUGUGAUGGAAAAAAUCUUUUCAAAUUGUUGCCCAAAGUUAAAAGGGCUUUAAGUUGGAGAGACAUAAGAUUCAAUGGUGGGCCGAUGACUACAUAUUGGACCACUCAAAUACAGCAAUAUGGAGAAAAGGAGGAUAAAGCUGGGAAGGGAAAAAAAAUAAGGCCCGAGGGGAGAGAAGCCUUCUCCCUCCCUGAGAGAGAGAGAGAGAGAGGCAAAGCUUCCAUCAUCAUCAAGGCAAGGCCGUUUAGAACCAUGCCUGCAAAAUAAAUUCCAAUUCCUUGCCGUGCACCUUACCUUCAAAGGUUUUAAUAUACGAAACUAGUUAAAUCGUUGACUUUUCACUAGAAGUGUGAUUCCAAAAAAUUGUUUGUAUUUAUGAUGUGUUGAACCUUGAACCUUAAAGGGAGUACUACCCCAAGACCAAGGCCUUCAUCAUCGUCAUAUUCUUAUUUAUUGAUGAUAUUAGGCAAGAGAAAUUGGAGCCGUUUUGCUCCUAUCCCAUCUACUAUUUGUACAGAAAAAUUGAAACUUGAAAUGUACUUUUUAACCAGACCCUAAAUUGAAAUAUUCUCAACCUAUAUAUUACACCAGAGGACUCCUAUCGAUAGACUUGCAUGAAGCGACACUCACGGAGCAAGGGAUGUACUAGCUGCCAGCCAGAUUGAAGUCAAACUAGAAGUUGAUUUAACAAACUGCUGGCUUUGUAGAAGAAUCUUUAACUUCCUGUAAAAAUUUCAUCUUCCUCCUUUAGUUAUAGCUAGUUGGAGCUACGGGUUGAUGAUGGAUAGAAUCUGAGAAAAGCUAAAAUUGAGUAAGACGCUUCAAGCUGGAGCACUAAGAUUUCCUAAUCACAUUGCAUGCAAACCUAUUCUUAUGAACGCUUUUGCAUUUAAGGAGAGUACAGUUAAGGUAGCAACAGAUGGCAAUACCUUGUCGGUGAACAUGCAAAACGCCUCCACUCCCAUGGCUUUCUCAAGUUCCUACCAAGUGACAACAGAUUUCAGCUGAUUUAGCAAUGAUCACGGCAUCAAACGAGUAUUAUCUAAUGCAGAAAAUACUGGUGUGCUGAUUUCAGAAUUGAACUUCUUACAUUCUCAGCAUCUGGGGAACAAUCAAUAUUGCGGAUGAUUUUCUGCAGGUUUUCAUCCUUCAAAGCAUCACGGAUUUCACCAGAAGAAGCUGCACAAGGAUUUCCAAUGAAUUUACAACCCAAGGGAAUUGAUGAUUUCAAUCAGAAAACUUUCAAAAGAAUUUAUUUAUUUUUGAUACGUUAA